CGGCGGAGCGAGCCGGAGGCGGCGGCGCGGCGCGGCGCAGCUAACAUGGCGACGGUGCCUGUGUACUGCAUCUGCCGGCUCCCCUACGACGUUACCCGCUUCAUGAUCGAGUGCGACGCCUGCAAGGACUGGUUCCACGGCAGCUGUGUUGGGGUAGAAGAGGAGGAGGCACCAGAUAUCGACAUAUACCAUUGCCCGAACUGCGAGAAAACCCACGGGAAGUCGACCUUGAAGAAGAAGCGGAGCUGGCACAAGCACGAGCUGGGGCCAACACCUGACGUCAAGCCUGUGCAGAACGGCAGCCAGCUCUUCAUCAAGGAGCUGCGGAGCCGGACCUUCCCCAGCGCGGAGGACGUGGUGGUCCGCGUGCCAGGCAGCCAGCUCACACUGGGCUACAUGGAGGAACACGGCUUCACCGAGCCCAUCCUCGUCCCCAGGAAGGAUGGUCUAGGCCUGGCUGUGCCAGCCCCCACCUUCUAUGUCAGCGAUGUCGAGAACUAUGUGGGCCCAGAGCGGAGCGUGGAUGUGACGGACGUCACCAAGCAAAAGGACUGCAAGAUGAAGCUGAAGGAGUUUGUGGACUACUAUUACAGCACCAACCGGAAGCGAGUCCUCAACGUCACUAACCUCGAGUUCUCCGACACCAGAAUGUCCAGCUUUGUGGAGCCGCCUGACAUUGUGAAAAAACUGUCUUGGGUAGAGAACUACUGGCCCGAUGAUGCUUUGCUGGCUAAACCCAAAGUGACCAAGUACUGCCUCAUCUGUGUGAAGGACAGCUACACUGACUUCCACAUCGACUCGGGGGGCGCGUCCGCCUGGUACCACGUGCUCAAGGGGGAGAAGAUUUUCUAUCUCAUCAAGCCGGCCUUGGCCAACCUCUCCCUCUACGAACGCUGGCAGUCAGCCUCCAACCACAGCGAGAUGUUCUUUGCGGACCAGGUGGACAAAUGCUACAAGUGCACCCUCAAACAGGGCCAGACACUCUUCAUCCCAUCAGGCUGGAUCUACGCCACACUUACGCCUGUGGACUGCCUGGCCUUUGCGGGACACUUCCUCCACAGCCUAAGUGUGGAGACGCAGAUGAGAGCAUAUGAAGUGGAAAGAAGGUUGAAACUUGGCAGCCUGACACAGUUUCCGAACUUCGAAACUGCCUGCUGGUACAUGGGGAAGCAUCUGCUGGAGGCGUUCAAAGGUUCUCACAAAUCUGGGAAGCAGCUACCGCCUCAUUUAGUCCAAGGAGCUAAAAUUCUCAAUGGUGCUUUCAGAUCAUGGACUAAGAAACAGGCUUUGGCGGAGCAUGAGGAUGAGCUCCCAGAGCACUUCAAGCCUUCUCAGCUCAUCAAAGACCUUGCCAAAGAGAUCAGGCUCAGUGAGAAUGCCUCCAAAGCUGCCCGACCAGAAGUGAAUGCUGUGGUGUCCUCGGACGAGGUCUGUGACACAGACAGAGGGAAGGAAGAGCCCCUGUCUCCCGUUGAGAUCACCCCAUCUCAGUCCCUCCUGGAGAAAGUGUCUAAAAAAAAGACUCCCAAAACUGUGAUGCCCAAGCCAUCCAAAAUCCCCAAGCCCUCAAAGCUCCCCAAGCCCCCAAAACCUCCCAAGACGCUGAGGAUCAAGGAUAGUGGCAAGAAGAAAGGGAAGAAGUGCAAGGAGACAGGCUCCCCAACCAUCCCGAACCUGGACCUGCUCGAGGCCCACACCAAGGAGGCUCUGACCAAGAUCGAGACGCCCAAGAAGGGCAAGGCUACAAAGAGUGUCCUGAGUGUGCCCAACAAGGAUGUGGCUAAUAAGCAAAACGACGUGGACAGGUUGGAAAUCCGAGAACAAACCAAGAGCAAGUCGGAGGCCAAGUGGAAGUACAAGAACAGCAAACCAGACUCCUUGCUGAAAAUGGAGGAAGAGCAGAAACUGGAGAAGCCUCUUCUGUCAGGAAAUAAGGACAACAAAUUUUCAUUUUCCUUCUCUAACAAGAAGCUCCUGGGCUCCAAAGGCCUCAAGCCGCAGACGAGCCCCAGCGUGUUUGGGGCCCUGCAGAACUUGAAGGAGGACAAGCCCAAGCCCGUGCGUGACGAGUACGAGUACGUGUCGGAUGACGGCGAGCUCAAGAUCGACGAGUUCCCCAUCAGGAGGAGGAGGAACACUACCAAGAGGGACUUGUCUUUUCUAUUGGAUAAGAAAGAGAUGCUCCACACAUCAGUUAAGAAGCCAAAGCUCGACUCAGUGUUUUAUAAGCAGAGUGACGACUCCUCUGAUGAGGACUCUCUGCACAUCGACACGGACGCCAAGCCCAGUCGCAACGCAAAAGCCAAGAAGGAGAGCGGGAGCUCGGCGGCAGGCAUCCUGGACCUGCUGCAGGCCAGCGAGGAGGUCGGCGCGCUCGAAUACAACCCUAACAGCCAGCCCCCAGCCUCGCCUAGCACGCAGGAAGCCAUCCAGGGAAUGCUGUCCAUGGCCAACCUGCAGGCCUCCGACUCCUGCCUGCAGACGGCCUGGGGCGCCGGACAGGCCAAGGGCAACUCCCUGGCGGCCCACGGCGCCCGGAAGAAUGGGGCUGGCGGCAAAAGUGCAGGGAAGCGGCUGCUGAAGAGGACCGCCAAGAACAGCGUGGAUCUGGACGAGUACGAGGAGCAGGACCACCUAGAUGCCUGCUUCAAGGACUCGGACUAUGUGUAUCCCUCUCUGGAGUCAGACGAAGACAACCCUGUCUUCAAGUCCCGGUCAAAGAAAAGGAAAGGCUCAGACGACGCUCCCUACAGCCCCACAGCGAGGGUUGGCCCAUCAGUGCCACGGCAGGACAGGCCUGUGCGUGAGGGGACCAGAGUGGCCUCCAUUGAGACUGGACUGGCGGCUGCUGCGGCCAAGCUCUCCCAGCAGGAGGAGCAGAAAAGCAGGAAGAAAAAGAACACCAAAAAGAAGCUGACUCCAACUACCACCUCCCCCUCCACCUCCUCCACCACUCCCGCCAGCACUGCCUCCUCAGCCUCCGCCUCCCUGGCCUCCACCGCCUCAGCCUCCACCUCCUCAGCCUCCACCUCUGCCUCCUUGGUCUCCACCACACCAGCCAGCACCAGCACGGCCAGCAGCCAGGCAUCCCAGGAGAGCAGCUCGCCCGAGCCCCUGCCGGAGGUGCCCAGCAGCAGCCUGGCGGACCACGAGUACACGGCGGGGGCAGGCACCUUUGCAGGGGCCCUGGCUGGCCGUGCCUCCCAGCCCAUGGCCCCGGGGGUCUUCCUCACGCAGAGGCGGCCCUCUGCCUCAUCCCCCAACAACAAUACCGCUGCCAAAGGUAAACGUACAAAAAAAGGCAUGGCCACCGCCAAGCAAAGGCUGGGGAAAAUUUUGAAAAUCCAUCGGAAUGGAAAACUGCUCCUUUAAAGUUUGGAAAGCCGGGAUUCUUCUGCUCCGCUCAGGACCCCCUGGAGCCCCGCUAAAGCAUCUGCCCCCCUAGGACUGUGGCUGCACCACCUCACCCAGGGAGGGCUCGCUUUUUCCUGGCCACCAUCCCCCACACACGAGUGUUCCUACCUGGAGCAGGAGGACCGUGCCGAGCACAGUUGUCCCUCGUUUUGAAUAGAGACGUCCUAUCUCCAGUUGCUUAGAGUGACCAGCUCCCCAAAAGCUGCCCUGUUAGUUUGAGGACCAUUCAAGGUUCCGGAGAGUCUCUAGGCACCCCUUGAAUGUGGGUGUGAUUGCAGGGCUUCUGCAGCCCUGUGGGGAGCAUGAGUCCUUCGAGGAAGGAUGUGUGAGCCAAAGCUCACCAGGCCCAAAGUCUGAGCUGGUCACAGUCUGGUAGCCUCCAGAGGCUUAAAAAAAGGCAAAGGACACCAGAGAGAGAGAGAGAAAGAGAGAAAGAGGCAUGUGAAUGUGCCCCCUUCUCUUCCGGAGUGGUUCUCAGACAAGUCCAGAGAGCAUCCUCCCAGUGGGUGGGUGGCAGGAGGGAUGGGGGGCCGUGCCCUGAAUGCACAGGAGCAGUUCUCGGGGAAAGCACAAGGGCACCAGGACGGGCAGCAAGGUCGGGGUGUUAGCGGACAGGAGCCGCUGUGGGGGCCCUGGGAAGGCACGGGCUCAGCCACGUCUCGGGGUCCGGGGCCCCAGGCUAAGCCACAUGGGUGGGCCUGGCCCAGCCCGGUGGCCCACACUCCUGGAGAAGCACUCUCAGCCAUGGCACCCCCACCCUGGGACUGGCUUGGCCAGGAUGGUGGACGGGGUGGGCCGAGGACGAAUGGAUUAGACACUGCUCUGUCUCUGUGUGCUAGCGUCUGGUGUCGAGUGCGUGGAUCCUACCUGAAAGGUGUGUCCACCCAUCGGCACAGAGAGGCUGGAUUUGUUUCUCAGGCAAUCCUGGAUUUUAAUUUUAGAUGUAUUUCCUGAAACAUAUUUUUCAUAGAAUGUAGCGUGUAAAUAGCUUUUUAAAUAACUUCUUUUUUAUAAGAGUCAAAGUAUCUUUAGAGAUUUCUUUCUAUAGAGUCCUUCAUUAACAUUUAUACGAGUUUUUUGCCGAGUAUUAUAAAACAUUUGGGUUCCAAUGCUUUUCUUUUCCUUCUUUCUUUUUAUUAGCUUUACUUUUUCCUUUUAGGAACUAAGGUAUUGCCUGAAAAACAAGUGAUGUUUGUGCAGCCUUAUCCUCUGUCUCCACAGAAGCGAAUCCUACACACAAGAUGUAUUGCAGACACGUUUUAAAGACGAGUCUUCAACUUUAAUACCAGCUCUUUGUUUUCCUUGUAUGAUGAGGGGGUUGGGAUACAGUUAUUUUACUAGCACCUUGUGAAGUGUUUCUGUGUUUUGUGAUGAUGUAAUUUAUUAAUGUUUGUAGCUUUUUAUAUUUGUACAUUUCUUAAGAGCUUUGUUUAUAUACCCAUUAUCCGGAUGUUACAUCCACAAGAAACAGCUUCGCGGAGGCCUUAUUAACGCCCAU